ACACCAUAAAUUACUAUCAAGUCGUCUUUGUGUAUUAAAGCGGGUGGCAAGGCCAGCUAAUUUACACUUAUAUUAUUUGACAUUAUUCUUCUGGAGCUGAGAAAAUUAGCAUAAUGGCGCAGAAGAGGUUUGUGGUUGAGGUGGAGGAGGCAAAAGAAGCAGGCGGCGGAAGGCCGUUGAUGGGACCGGUUUACCGCAACGUGUUGGCGAAAGAUGGAUUCCGGCCACCAGCGAUCGGGAUUGAGAGCUGUUGGGAUAUGUUCCGAGUUUCUGCUGAAAAGUACCCGGAAAACCAAAUGCUUGGGCAGAGAGAGAUUGUCAAGGGAGAGGCAGGAAAGUACGCGUGGUUAACUUACAAGCAAGUGUACGACAUGGUUUUACAGGUUGGAGCCUCCAUCCGCGUGCGUGGGGCUCACCAGGGUGCACGAUGUGGUAUUUACGGACCUAACUGCACCAAAUGGGUUAUUAGCAUGCAGGCAUGCAAUGCUUAUGGCCUUUACUGUGUCCCUCUCUAUGACACUCUCGGCUCGGGUGCUGUGGAAUAUAUUAUAUGUCAUGCAGAGAUUUCCAUUGUUUUUGCCGACGAAACCAAACUUCCUGAGCUUCUGAAAACACUUCCCAGCGUGUCAAAACACUUGAAAACUCUAGUAAGCUUUGGCAAGAUAACGUCCGAGCAAAAGGCGAUCGCUCAUAGCUUUGCUCUGCCACUUUUUUCUUGGGAUGAAUUUUUGCUUCUGGGAAUAGGUAAGGAGUUUGAGCUACCAGCAAAGAAGAAAAGUGAUGUAUGUACGAUUAUGUAUACAAGUGGAACAACCGGGGACCCCAAAGGAGUGAUGAUCACCAAUGAAAGCAUUAUCUGGCUUAUAUCUGGAGUUAAUCACCAUCUAGGGAGCAUAAAUGCAGAGUUUACAGAAAAGGAUGUGUAUUUGUCAUAUCUUCCUUUAGCACAUAUAUUUGAUCGGGUGAUGGAGGAACAGAUCAUAUUUUCUGGUGCCUCCAUAGGAUUUUGGCAAGGGAACAUCAAACUACUUAUGAAUGAUGUGAAAGAACUAAAACCGUCCAUCUUUUGUGCUGUACCACGGGUGUUGGACAAGAUAUAUUCAGGUCUGGUAGAGAAGAUUUCUUCAGGGGGUCUCAUCAAAAAAUCAUUGUUCAAUAUUGCUUAUUCUUACAAACUUGAAAACAUGAGGAGAGGGUAUAAACAUGGAGCGGCAGCUCCAAUAUUUGACAAGAUUGUGUUUAGUAAGGUCAAGGAAGGUUUAGGAGGAAAUAUGCGGCUGAUUCUUUCGGGAGCAGCUCCACUAUCCACUGCUGUAGAGACCUUUUUAAGAGUAGUCACUUGUGCUGAUGUUCUCCAAGGAUAUGGCUUGACGGAAACCUGCGGGGGUUCAUUUGUCCAACAGCUGCACCAAGUUGCCAUGAUUGGCACCGUGGGUCCCCCACUGCCAUCCAUUGAUGUGUGCCUAGAAUCUGUUCCUGAUAUGGGCUAUGAUGCUCUGGCAGCGGCUACUCCACGUGGAGAAAUAUGCAUACGGGGAAGGACUUUGUUCUCCGGUUACUACAAACGUCAGGACCUCACACAGGAGGUGAUGAAUCAUGAUGGCUGGUUCCACACAGGGGAUAUCGGUGAGUGGCAACCUGAUGGAAGCAUGAAAAUUAUUGACCGCAAGAAAAACAUAUUUAAGCUUUCUCAAGGAGAAUAUGUUUCCGUUGAGAAUCUGGAGAACAUUUAUUCCCUUGUUUCUGGCAUUGAUGCAAUCUGCAUCCAUGGCAACAGCUACGAGUCUUUUCUUGUUGCUGUUGCUAACCCCAACAAAGAGGUGCUCGAGUCAUGGGCUCACCAGAAUGGAGUUGCUGGAGACUUUAGCACCAUCUGCGACAAUCCCCUAGCAAAAGCAUAUCUUCUUGGAGAGCUUACGAAGAUUGCCAAACAAAACAAGUUGAAAGGCUUCGAGAUGAUUAAAGCUGUGCAUCUCGAUCCUGUACCAUUUGACAUGGAACGCGGUCUCUUGACACCAACUUUCAAGAAAAAGAGGGGCCAAUUUCUCAAAUACUACCAGAAUGUCAUUGACGAAAUGUACACAAGAGCAAGAUGAUGGAAAAUCUUAUCAUUUUAUGGCAACCCCAGCUACAUUCAUAUCGGGCAGCGCCCGUUUUUAUUUUGUAAUUAUACUGUUUUAUCUAAACAACCAGAGCCUGAUUUCUCUCUGUAUGUAUCACAUUGACCUUUUUUUGGGGUGAACACCCAACAUAAAUCAGUAUAAACAAAUUGAAGUUGUGUGUGACAUAAA